AUGGUGCACGAGUGCUGCCCACGGUCAUCGCACAUUCUAGUCGACCGCCAGGCCGUGCGCCACAAGGCCGAGCGGCGGUUCGUGUGGGGCGAGGGAACGACCGAGCUCUUUACCCGCCUCAACGUGGACAUCGCCCAUCUCAACCUGGGCGCCGUGCCCCAGCUGCACAAGGCCACCGCCCUGGUGUCCGUGGCCAAGCACAUUUGCGGCUCGGCCUCGGACCUGACCAUCCGGUGCAGCGUGAACACGCUCGGCCAGCACGCAGACAAGCUCGCGGGCAUGGCCGUCGCCCUCUGCUGUCACCACCGGUGCACCUACGACGCCUACCUCAACAAGGAGUUCCUGGCGAGCGUGGGCAUCGGCGAGAAGGAGUACCAGGCCCCGCGCCUCGCCCUGACGGUGGAUGUGGUGCAGUUGGGCCGUGAUGAGGAGGAAGCGAAGGAGCGAGGGGCAUCGGCGGCGGCGGCGGCGGCGGCGGCGGCAGAAGGCGGCGAGGCGGGGUCCAAGGCUGCCCCGCAACCGCCGCACGGGCUGGCGCGGUUGAGCAGCGCGGAGAAGGAAGCCGUGGGCACACAGUGCAAAGAGCUUCUCGACGUGGGGCGCGCACUCUACCUGCGGGACCGCGGGUUCGACGUGCGCCUGGUGCGCUACGUGGCCCCCGACAUCUCCCCAGAGAACACCCUGCUCCUCGCUACACGAGGCCCUCCCCCUCCUCCUCCCGCAUCAUCACCACCCCACCCCGUGGAGUAG